AUGCAGUUAUCUAUCUAUUCUAGAAAUCUUGCAAGCUCAACACAGUCACGAUCUUGUGGGAAAUCUAGAAGAAUUUCUACCAACCAGUUUCCAAUGGAGAAUUUCACAUCUGCUCCUGGCAAUGUUACCCUGACGUUGUCUUAUACCACAGAGGUUGAUAACAUUGCACGAGCUGUUUUUCAGAUUACGUCCUUUUUGUGUUUCACCUUCUUCUUCUACUUUAUCGUCAUUAUGCUGAAGGUCUUCUUCACCACUCCUCACAUGCAGGAGAACCCUCGAUAUGUCCUCUUUGUCCACAUGCUCAUCAAUGACACGUUGUUUAUCAUCAUCACAAAUUACAUUGUAGUGGCUUCAAUGUAUUCUGUAUACCUCCCUAUAAUCAUCUGUUUCAUCAUUCAAAGCUACGCGGGCAGUUUCUUUAUAGCGACCCCAUACAACCUGGCCGUCAUGUCUCUAGAACGUUACAUAGCCAUAUGUUUCCCAUUGAGACACUUACAGUUGUGUACACCAAAGAGAGCAAAAUAUGCAAUUGCUGUGAUCUGGGUCAUAGGGUUGUCUAUAAGUACUGUAAACUUCAUUACCUUGACCUACUUCGCAGAAAGAACCUCCUUUUUCCUCUAUGAUACGUGUGAUGCUAUAAAGGUGGUAAGUCCCAUACAAAACUUGAUUAGGAGCGCCUCCAAUAUCCUCAGCCUUGCUGGAGUGGCUUUGAUCAUUGUAUUCACCUACAUUAAUGUCAUGCUAGUUGCUAGAAGGAUCAGUUCGGGUCGUUCUUCGGCCGUUAAAGCUGGAACAACUGUUAUGCUCCAUGCCUUCCAACUCAUAUUAUGCCUGUUCUCCUUCAUUGCCAACAUAAGCCAGACCUAUGUACAGAGUUACACAUAUUACUUGCUCGUUUUGAACUAUGUCUUGUUCAUGUCUUUGCCCAGAUUACUCAGUCCACUGAUCUAUGGGGUAAGAGAUGAAGUUUUUCAAAAACAUAUAAGGAAAUAUUGCACAAUAUCUUGUGUCUGUCGCCCACUAUGA